ACUGAGACAGAGUGAUCUAAAGGCUCCAGUGGGAGAAGAUACUCUACUGAAAUGGAGAUGAAGUGUCUGUGUUGGUGGUCAGUGAUGUUUCUCUUGUAGACCUGCUGUAAAUGAACACAGAUGAAGGAGGACUUUCUCACUGAAGACGUCUAGACAAACCUCAGAAAAGAGAGCAGCAUCUCCAGUGUCCAGCUGUGUGUGGAGAGUAAAACCUCAGUGAUGGAGCUUCAUCACUCCAGCAGUGGAGGAAGAACCUCUGAUUCAAAAGUAAAGCGUGCAGCAUCUCCAGAACCCAGCUUUGUGUCUGAGAAGAGGUACCGGUCCAUGGAGAACCCUUCUGUAUUCAGCAGAGGAGGAGGAGAACCCAGCUGUGUGUCUAUGAAGAGUAACUGGUUCAUGGGGGAACCUCCUAAACUCAACAGAGGAGGAGGAGAACCCAGCUGUGUGUCUGUGAAAAGUGACCGGUCCAUGGGGAACCCUCCUGUAUUCAGCAGUGGAGGAGGAGAACCCAGCUGUGUGUCUAUGAAGAGUGACGAGUCCAUGAUGUUACCAGCACAGUCCAGUGGAGGGAGAGGAUCCUCUGACUCGGGGCAGCACUCCACACAAACAGCACUGCAGAUAAACACUCUGGCAGAUAUUCACCAACCAGUGGAUGACAUCCUUCACAGAGUCUUAGAGAGACACAAAACCAGCAUUAAGAACAAGUACGAGAGCUUAUUUGAGGGAAUCAGAACAGAAGAGAAUAAAACCCUCCUGAACAGGAUUUACGCACAGCUCUACAUCAUAGAGGGAGAGAGUGAAGGAGUGAAUGAAGAACAUGAGGUUCUACAGAUGGAGAAAACAUCCAGGAGACACUUACAAGACUCUCCAAUCAACUGCUUAGACAUCUUUAAACCUCUACCAGGUCCUGGAGGAGAAACACAAGAAGAGAACAUUAGAGCUGUGAAGGCUGACAGAAAAGAAGAUAACAGACCAAAAGAGCCAGAGCUCAGAAGUGUUCUGACUAAAGGCAUCGCUGGAAUUGGAAAAACUGUCUCUGUGCAGAAGUUCAUUCUGGACUGGGCUGAAGGAAAAGCCAAUCAGGAUGUAGAGCUCAUGUUUGUGCUUCCAUUCCGGGAGCUGAACCUGAUUAAAGAUGAUCAAUAUAGUCUUCAUGGACUUCUGUGUGACUUCCAUCCUGAGCUCAAAGAUCUGGACCCAAAGAUUUAUGAUCAGCUCAAAGCUGUGUUUAUAUUUGAUGGUCUGGAUGAAAGUAGAAUUCCACUGAACUUUGAACAGUGUGAGAAAGUAUCUGACAUCACCAUGACAUCAUCAGUGGGAGUGUUGAUGACAAACCUCAUCAAAGGAGAGCUGCUUCCCUCUGCUCUGAUCUGGAUAACCUCCCGACCAGCAGCAGCCAAUCAGAUCCCUCCUAAAUACAUCAAGCGUGUGACAGAAAUUCAGGGAUUCAGUGACCCACAGAAGGAGGAGUACUUCAGGAAGAGGAUCAGUGAUGAAGACCAAGCCAAGAAAAUCAUCUCCCACAUUAAGAGAGCGAGGAGCCUCCACAUCAUGUGCCACAUUCCAGUCUUCUGCUGGAUCUCAGCCACUGUUCUUCAGCAGAUCAUGAAACAGCGUCAUACAGAAGUCCCUAAAACUCUGACUGAAAUGUACUCACACUUCCUGCUCACUCAGACAAACAUGAACAAUGAGAAGUAUGAGGAGAAAGAUGAGAGAUACCCAAAGAAUUUGCUGGAGUCCAACAGAACCGUUAUACUGAAACUGGCUGAACUGGCUUUCAAACAGCUGAUGAUGGGCAAUGUGAUGUUCUAUGAAGAGGACCUGAGAGAGAGCAGCAUUGAUGUAACUGAAGCCUCAGUGUAUUCUGGGAUUUACAGUGAGAUCUUUAGGGAGGAAUGUGUGCUUCACCAGAGGAAGGUCUACUGCUUUUUUCAUCUGAGCUUUCAGGAGUUCCUGGCUGCUGUUUAUGUGUUUCACUGCUAUGAGAGCAACAACAUGGAGGGACUGCAGAUAUUUAACCCACUAAACAGUGAGACGUCUGAGAACGAUCUACUGAGGUUUCCUUUCGAACGGUACAGAGAGUGGUCUACGAAUAUUCUACUGAGGUUUCCUUUCCAACAGUACAGAGAGUGGUCUAAGUAUGUUCUACUGGAUGAGGUUCUGAUGGGAGCAGUAAACAAAGCUGUAGAGAGUCAGAAUGGACACCUGGAUCUUUUCCUCCGUUUCCUGCUGGGCAUCUCACUGGAGUCCAAUCAGAGACGCCUACAGAGUCUACUGACCCCAACACAGAGCAGCUCAGAGAGAACUACAGAGCACAUCAAGAGGUUAAUCAAAGGAGAAGAUAAAUAUCACAUCUCCACUGAGAGAUUCAUCAAUCUGUUCCUCUGUCUGUCUGAAAUGAAUGACGCGUCUCUCUCCAGAGAGAUUCAAGAGUAUGUAAACUCAGAGAGACACUCAGAGGAGAAGCUCUCUCCUGGACAGUGUUCAGUACUAGCCUAUAUGAUUCUGAACUCAGAGGAGGUUCUGGAUGAGCUGGACCUGAAGAAAUACAACACAUCAGAGGAGGGUUAUAGGAGACUGAUCCCAGCUCUGACUGUCUGCAGAGAAGCUCGUCCGCUCAAUAACAACAACAACAACCAGCCAGCAGGAGAACUGCACUCUCUACUACAGCAGCAGAGAGACGAGAUCAGAGAACUACAGCAGGCCAUGAGAGAACUAGAGGAUGACAACCAGUAUCUGAGAAUGGCUUUACGGAGAUCUGAUUCAGAGAGACCAGACUCACCUGAUCUCAGCUAUGAGUCCAUGAAGAAGAGCAGCAUCUCCAGUGUCCAGCUGUGUGUGGAGAGUAAAACCUCAGUGAUGGAGCUUCAUCACUCCAGCAAUGGAGGAAGAACCUCUGAUUCAAAAGUGAAGCGUGCAGGAUCUCCAGAACCCAGCUAUGUGUCUGUGAAGAGUGACUGGUCCAUGGGGAACCCUCCUUUAUUCAGCAGAGGAGGAGGAGAACACAGCUGUGUGUCUGUGAAGAGUGACUGGUCUAUGGGAAACCCUCCUUUAUUCAGCAGAGGAGGAGGAGAACCCAGCUGUGUGUCUAUGAAGAGUGACCGGUCCAUGGGGAACAUUCCUGCAUUCAGCAGAGGAGGAGGAGAACCCAGCUGUGUGUCUGUGAAGAGUGACUGGUCCAUGGGGAACCCUCCUUUGUUCAGCAGUGGAGGAGAACCCAGCUGUGUGUCUAUGAAGAGUGACCGGUCCAUGAUGUUACCAGCACAGUCCAGUGGAGGGAGAGGAUCCUCUGACUCAGGGCAGCACUCCACACAAACAGCACUGCAGACAAACACUCUGGCAGAUAUUCACCAACCAGUGGAUGAUGAUGUCCUUCACAGAGUCUUAGAGAGACACAAAACCAGCAUGAAGAACAAGUACGAGAGCUUAUUUGAGGGAAUCAGAACAGAAGAGAAUAAAACCCUCCUGAACAGGAUUUACACACAGCUCUACAUCAUAGAGGGAGAGAGUGAAGGAGUGAAUGAAGAACAUGAGGUUCUACAGAUGGAGAAAACAUCCAGAAGACGCUUACAAGACUCUCCAAUCAACUGCUUAGAUAUCUUUAAACCUCUACAAGGUCCUGAAGGAGAAACACUAGAAGAGAACAUUAGAGCUGUGAAGGCUGACAGUCUCAGACACAAAGAAAGAAAAGAAGAUAACAGACCAAAAGAGCCAGAGCUCAGAAGUGUUCUGACUAAAGGCAUCGCUGGAAUUGGAAAAACUGUCUCUGUGCAGAAGUUCAUUCUGGACUGGGCUGAAGGAAAAGCCAAUCAGGAUGUAGAGCUCAUGUUUGUGCUUCCGUUCCGGGAGUUGAACCUGAUUAAAGAUGAUCAAUACAGUCUUCAUGGACUUCUGUGUGACUUCCAUCCUGAGCUCAAAGAUCUGGACCCAAAGAUUUAUGAUCAGCUCAAAGCUGUGUUUAUAUUUGAUGGUCUGGAUGAAAGUAGAAUUCCACUGAACUUUGAACAGUGUGAGAAAGUAUCUGACAUCACCAUGACAUCAUCAGUGGGUGUGUUGAUGACCAACCUCAUCAAAGGAGAGCUACUUCCCUCUGUUCACAUCUGGAUAACCUCCCGACCAGCAGCAGCCAAUCCGAUCCCUCCUAAAUGCAUCAAGCGUGUGACAGAAAUUCAGGGAUUCAGUGACCCACAGAAGGAGGAGUACUUCAGGAAGAGGAUCAGUGAUGAAGACCAAGCCAAGAGAAUCAUCUCACACAUUAAGAGAGCGAGGAGCCUCCACAUCAUGUGCCACAUUCCAGUCUUCUGCUGGAUCUCAGCCACUGUUCUUCAGCAAAUCAUGAAACAGCAUCAUACAGAAAUCCCUAAAACUCUGACUGAAAUGUACUCACACUUCCUGCUCACUCAGACAAACAUGAAGAACGAGAAGUAUGAGAAGAAAAAGAGGAGAAACCCAAAGAACCUGCUGGAGUCCAACAGAACCAUUCUUCUGAAACUGGCUGAACUGGCUUUCAAACAGCUAAUGAAGGGCAAUGCGAUGUUCUAUGAAGAGGACCUGAGAGAGAGCAGCAUUGAUGUCACUGAGGCCUCAGUGUAUUCUGGGAUUUUCGCUGAGAUCUUUAGGGAGGAAUGUGUGCUUUACCAGAGGAAGGUCUACUGCUUUGUUCAUCUGAGCUUUCAGGAGUUCCUGGCUGCUGUUUAUGUGUUUCACUGCUAUGAGAGCAAAAACAUGGAGGAACUGCAGAUAUUUAACUCACUAAGCAGUGAGUGGUCUGAGAAUGUUCAAGUAAGUUUCUUUAACCAACAGAAAAAGAGACCUGAGAAUGUUCUAGUAAGGUUAUUUAACCAACAGAAAAAGAGACCUGAGAAUGUUCUAGUAAGGUUAUUUAACCAACAGAAAAAGAGAUCUGAGAAAGUUCCUCUGGAUGAGGUUCUGAAGGGAGCAGUAAAUAAAGCUGUAGAGAGUCAAAAUGGACACCUGGAUCUUUUCCUCCGUUUCCUGUUGGGCAUCUCACUGGAGUCCAAUCAGAGACGCCUACAGGGUCUACUGACCCCAACACAGAGCAGCUCAGAGAGAACUACAGAGCACAUCAAGAGGUUAAUCAAAGGAGAUGGUGAACAAUAUGACAUCUACUCUAAGAGAUCCAUCAUCUCCACUGAGAGAUCCAUCAAUCUGUUCCUCUGUCUGUCUGAAAUGAAAGACCAGUCUCUCUCCAGAGAGAUUCGGGAGUAUCUAAAAUCAGAGAGACACUCAGAGGAGGAGCUCUCUCCUGGACAGUGUUCAGCACUAGCCUAUAUGAUCCUGAACUCAGAGGAGGUUCUGGAUGAAUUGGACCUGAAGAAAUACAACACAUCAGAGGAGGGUUAUAGGAGACUGAUCCCAGCUCUGACUGUAUGCAGAAAAGCUCGACUAGGUGGGUGUGGUCUCACCACAAAUUCCUGUGAGAAUCUAUCAUCAGCUCUACAAUCUGUCAACUCAUCUCUGAAAGAGCUAGACCUGAGUAACAAUGACCUUCAGGAUUCAGGUGUGGAGCUGCUCUCUGCUGGACUGAACAACUCACACUGUAAACUGGAGAGACUCAGACUACAUAUCUGUAGUCUUGGUGCGAAAGCUUGUGAAAAUCUGGGAUCAGUCCUACAAUCACCAAACUCUUCCCUGAGAGAGCUGGACCUCAGCAACAAUGACUUGCAGGAUUCAGGAGUGGAGCUGCUCUCUGCUGGACUGAAGAGUUCAUUCUGUAAACUGGAGACACUCAGAUUGUCUGGCUGUAUGGUUACAGAUGAAGGCUGUUCUUCUCUGGCUUCAGCUCUGAAAUCAAACCCCUCCCACCUGAGAGAACUGGAUCUGACUUAUAAUCACCCAGGAGAGUCUGGAGUGAAGCUGCUGUCUGAUCUACUGGAGGAUCCACACUGUAAACUGGAGAAACUACAGGUGGAUCAUGGAGGAAAGAUCAGGACGAAACCAGGACUUAAGAAAUAUGCUGUUAAUCUCACUCUGGAUCCAAACACAGUGUACAGAAAUCUCUCUCUGUCUGAGAGGAACAGAAAAGUGAAGUGGGUGAGAGAUGAUCAGCGUUAUCCAGAUCAUCCAGACAGAUUUGAUCACUGGUCUCAGGUUCUGAGUGUGGAGAGUCUGACUGGACGCUGUUACUGGGAGGUUCAGUGGAGCGGAUUGGUUUAUAUAUCAGUAUCAUACAGAGGAAUCAGGAGGAAAGGACACAGUGAAGACUGUGUGUUUGGAAUCAAUAAUCACUCCUGGAGUCUGAUCUGCUCUAAUAACAGUUACUCUCUCUAUCACAAUAAACAGAGAACUGUCCUACCUGCCACCCCAUCCCCCCCUAACACAGUAGGAGUGUAUCUGGACUGGGGGUCCAACACUCUGUCCUUCUACACCAUCUCCCCUAAUACACACACACUGACCCAUCUACACACAUUCACCACCACAUUCACUGAACCACUCUACGCUGGAUUCUGGGUUUAUCCUGAAUCCUCAGUGAGUCUGUGUGAGAUAGAAUAACCUCUACAGAGAGUGAGAGAGAGAUACAGACAGAGAGAGAAAGAGACAGAGAGAAAGAGAGAAUUUGAAUUUUAAAAACUCUUUUAUUGAGACAAUCAAAAACCUACGAACAUACCAAGGUUGUCACUCAAAAUCUCACAUGUUAGAAAAAAAAUGAAAAAAUAAAGAAUAACUGCAACAUAAAUUUAAAACAACACCCACAAUCAAAAUGCCAACCAUAGACUGCCAACAUCAUCAACUGUGCAUAGUCAAGUCAAGUCAGCUUUUUAUUGUCAAUAGUACAAUAUGUACAGGACAUACAGAGCAUUGAAAUUGCGUUACUCUCAGACCCCAUGGUGUAGCAAUAACAUUAAAUAGAUGGUAGACAGUGUGAAUUUAAAUAGACACUAAGUAAACACUAAACACUAAUCAUAAAAAUAAACACUAAUUGUAGAAAAAUAAAAUGAUAAAAAUAAUAUAAAUAUAAGAAGGUUCUGAAAUUAACAUUAAAGUGACAUAGGCACAUACAGAUUAAGGUCUAUGGGUAUAUUAGUGCAAAUGGAAACAGUAGUGCAAUAGGAUGAGCUUAUGGAGCAGUUAAAGUGAUGAGUGCAUAACCGUCCCUGAGAAUGUGCUCAGUAUUGGGGAGUGGGGGUCAGGAACCUGUGCUUUGGUUCAAACUUUGUGUGUAGGGGGGCAGAAGUGGGGGAGGGGGGGCAAAGGAGGAAGAGAGUUGAGCUUCCUGACAGCCUGGUGGAUGAAGCUGUCCCCCAGUUUGCUGGUCCUGGCCCGGAGACUCCGCAGUCUCCUUCCUGAUGGCAGCAGGCUGAAGAAGCUGUGUAGUGGGUGAGUGGGAUCACCUGCCAUGCAGAGGGCUUUUCGGGUGAGACGGGAGCUGUAUAUCUCUCACGAUGCGCUGGAGUGUCUCGCGGCAGGACACGGUGCAGGUGCCAUACCACACAGUGAUGCAGCUGGUCAGGAUGCUCUCAAUGGUACCUCUGUAGAAGGUGCACAUGAUGGGGGCUGGGGCUUUGGCUUUCCUCAGGACUUCAUUAAUACCCCAAAUGCUCAGGAUCUCUGGCAACUUCCCCACCAAAUUAUAGUAAGCAUGCUCCAUUCUCAGUCGUGCAGCCACCAACCCCAGGAACACAGCUACCACGCCCACCGCUCCCUGACCCAGCAUCUGGUUCUUCCCUGUCUUCCAGAUGGCUAGCUUUGCUGUACCAGAUAAAAAGUUUAGUAAAACUAAGACAUUUUUCCUCCUUACUGUGUAUUUGGGCCCAAAAAUAAAAAGCUGAAAGGAGAAAGCCUCACCCAAUGACGAGAACCAUUCAGUUAACAAGGAGAACAGAUCACCCAUUGCACAAAUAAGUAAAAGAGGGACUCAAUUUAUGG